AUGAGCUGUGGGGCUGCCACGAGGGAGUGCCCGAACACCGUGGGCAGGAGCCUGCACCCCGGCCACCCGUGGAUCUGGCAGCCCAACGUGUACGUGGACGAGAACGAGCGCACCUGGCCGCCCGUCAUCCUCGAGACAGAAAGCAGCCUGCAAGUCCUCCUGCGCCAGAUUGAGGUCUCCCGCGGGGAGGCCGUGCAGCCCAGCCGGCUGCCCCCCAGCACGCUGCCCCUCAUGUGGCAGCUCUACCCUGGCAGGCGGUACCGCGCCUCCGACUCCAACUUCUGGCGCAUCGUGCACCACAUCGAGACCAGCGGGGCUGAGGACAUGGUCCUUGAGCAGCUGCCAGACCCGUAG